AUGGCCUCGUCGGCCACCGCAGACACGGAGCUGCUCACAGAGCACUUUGGCUACCCGCCAGUGAGCUUGCUCGACGACAUCAUCAACAGCGUCAACAUCCUCGCCGAGCGCGCGCUGAACAGCGUCGAACAGGCGCUCCUCCGCCAACCACCCGCCAGCCUCGGUUUCAAGCCGGUGGCCUUCCAACGAGGACGCGGCGAGGCGAAGCUGUCGCCGGACGAGCUCGAGGCCGCCGCCGAAGACGCCCACCGCCACGAGGUCGAGAAUGGCACGCACCAGCUCGAGACGCUGCUGUGCGCCUCCAUCGACCGCAACUUUGACAAGUUUGAGCUGUACACGAUGCGCAACAUAUUGUGCGUGAAGCCCGAGGACCGCGAUUGGAUGCGGCUGGCGCACUACGAGGGACUGGACUUUGCUGCUGCCGAGGGCGCCGCCGGAGACGGCGCCGCGGACGACGCGUCCAUUGCGCACCUGCACCGCCGGCUGCAGGCGUCCCUCAAACUGGGCCACCUGCUGGACGUCGAAGCCCAGCGCAACGAGACGAUGCUGGCGCGGCUGCGGAUGCUGGCGGGAACGGAGCGUGGACCGGCAGCAGACCAAGAGCAAGGGGCCGACCCGUCCUUCUCUGCAUCCUCUGGGGCGUCGCUGGCGUUCUUGCUCGACCGCGGCCCGCUGACCGAGAGCGACGCCGCCCAACCGCUUACAACCACCACGGCCUUUGCGCUGUCGCAGCUGCCGGCCCUGCGCAAGCUGUCGAGCGAGCUGCGGCAAAAGGCGCCGGGCCUCGCAGCAGCCGUGGCGCUCGACGACGAAGAGGAAAAGACUGGUGGUGGUGGUGGUGGUGGUGGACGAGCCGGCGACAGCAAGUCCUGGCGGCGCGAGCGGCUCGAGUACAUUGAAGGGUCCACACGCAAGCAUCUCGAGCGGAUCCGCGGCCUCAAUCUCGGCCGCAACGGCGAGAUGCGCAGCGAGCAGGGCAGCUCGUCCCAGGCCAACGACGGCGGAAAUGGCGGGAACAACAUGACGGUCGAGCCCGAGGCCCUCACCAACAUCCUCAACAUUUUGCGGGAGAACCACGGCAGCAGAGACGCAGAGGCUGCGACCGGCGAUACGACACAGCCUGAAGACGAUACAAUGGACGAGUCAUGA